CAACAACUAAACCAAAAUGCUGCGUCGUCAAGCCCGUGAGCGUCGAGAUUAUCUCUACCGGAGAGCUUUGCUUCUCCGCGAUGCCUCUAUCGCUGAGAAAAGAGCCCAGCUGAAGGCUUCGCUGGCCUCCGGAAAACCCCUCGACCCGUCCAUCGCCGAUGAUAAAACGCUUCGCGAAGACUUCAAAUACGAUGAGUCGCUGGAAAAGGACGGCGACGAUGUCGACCUGGACGAUGAAUACGCUCUCACCUCGGGAAUCGUCGACCCUCGUCCGAUUGUCACCACGUCUCGAAACCCCUCUGUUCGUCUGGGUGCCUUUGCUAAGGAAAUUCGAUUGCUCCUCCCUACGUCGAUUCGGCUGAACCGCGGUAACACUGUGCUUCCCGACCUGGUGUCGAGCGCAAACGGUGCCGGGAUGUCGGAUAUGAUUUUGCUCCACGAACACCGUGGUACGCCCACCGCCAUGACCAUCUCCCACCUUCCUCACGGCCCCACGGCUAGCUUCUCGCUGCAUAACGUUGUCCUCCGUGCGGAUAUCCCCAACUCGGCGCGCGGCACAGUGUCGGAGAGCUACCCCCACCUGGUUUUCGAGGGGUUCAACACGAAACUUGGCGCGCGCGUGGUCCAGAUCCUGAAGCAUCUGUUCCCCCCGCGCGAAGGUGGAAAGGUCGGCAACCGGGUUGUCAGCUUCGUGAACAAAGAGGACAGUAUUGAGGUGCGACACCACGUUUUCGUCAAGACCGGCUAUCGCGACGUGGAACUGGCCGAGGUCGGCCCGCGGAUGACUAUGCGGCCGUUCGAAAUCCGCGGAGGGUCUCUCGAGAAGAACUCGAGCGGUGAUGUCGAGUGGGCGCUUACGCAGUACACGAGGACGAGCCGCAAGAAGGACUACCUUUAGGCGGUUUAGUGUGCUGGCAACGGGUGUCGUGUUUGGAUUUUUACGAAAGGAAAAGAAAAGUCUGCUUGGCGUACAAGGUGUUUGGAUUGGAGUGGGAUUAUCGAAUCGAGCAUUUGUCGAGAUGGGAAUUUCUGAUAAUUACUGUAUGUAUACCCACAACUGGGGAGAGACGGCGAAUAUACAUUCGAC